CGGUAUCAAACAACAUAUCAAAAGUGCUCUUUAUGCGGUGUAGUGCAACGACAAAAGAUUUCCAUCCUAGUCAUGACACAACUAUCCGCAAUCAUGUAGUAGGAAAUUAAGAUUUAUGAUUAUGAAAGCUUCAUCAAAAGGAAAAGGGUGACUCCUGGAGAGGUAUAUCAUCUAACCUCGAUAAUAAAGUAGAGCCAGGAAGAAUAAGAACAAAAGCAAAAGAUAAAUCAAUGCCACCUAAACGAGAACGUUCGCCCGGAGGGCCCGACGCGGGCGAUGAGCAAGGCUCAGCCCCCAUGGACGUGGACCAGGGCUCUGCUCCAGAGCCUGGCAGCAUGCAUGAUCGGGGUAGUCGAGAACAGGGGAGCUUACGUGGUAGCAUGCCUAGUGUUACGGGGUGUUUAAUUUUUUUUCUACGAGGAUGAGUCCUUGUUGUACUUAUCCACUACUCCUAGAUAGAAACCACAGUAACCUCUUCUAAGACCUGGGGUCCUUCAGCGCAAAGGCGCCGUCUCAUGGAGGAGCAUCCUAGUGGGUCUCCGGACGGGUCAGCGUCACGAACGCCAGCAGAUGGAGCAGGGGAAACACCAGCUGACGGCGCAACUCCCGCAGACUAUGGCUUCAACGAUGCUCCCAGUAGGUCACCGAUAGGGUCAGGAGGUAUUAGAAUAGAUGACUUCAUAUUUUUGUAAUUGUACUGCAACAGCAUUAUAGAUGUGUAUGCGUAUAGUGCUCUUAAGAACAGUAACCUUGGCUGUUGUUUUCUACACGUGGUCUAGUAAGAAAGUGGAUUGCAAAUCGAAUUACAAACUACAGGCACGCCAGCGGGUAGUAAUUCUUUUGACGGGACUGAUCAGGACUGGGAUUUGCGGUAUGAAAAGGUAGAAAAGGGGACAGACCUAGGUGACAGGCUGAAGAAAAAAAUUCAGAAUAAUUUCAAGCAUUUUAUUCGGACCUUCCAGACAAAGAAACUAGUCACGGGCGCUGGCCGGCAGCAAAGACGGUUUCGAAAGUUAAGGGUAGUUGCUGCUUUAACUUAUAGAUAAUCUUUCCUUGUUUUCUUAUAAAUGUUCCUGGGCUCGGGGCUAGAGGCCCCCUCCUCGCCUUCUAGCCCAUGACCCUUUUUGCGGAGGACUGCCGGGCGGGAAGGCCUCGAAAGGCCCGCCGCCAGUCCCGUGCGGCUCCUUGCGUGUACCCUACAGAGCCCGUGGCCGUGGUUGCGUGUACCCUACAGAACACCCAUCGCGGCAAGCGUUUUGUCUCCAUCGGUGCGCCCCGUUUGCUCCAGCGCUGCGGCUGCGCCCUGGUGGGCGUCGUGGUCUGCUGCUAUUCCCCGUGGUCUCCUCCUGUGCCUCGUCGUCUCUUGCUGUGCCUUGUGGUCUCUUGCUGCGCCCCGUGUUCUUCUGGUGUGCCUCGUGGUCUCCUGCUGCGCCUCGUGGUCUCUUGCUGCGCCUCGUGAUCUCCUGCUGCGCCUCAUGUCCUCUUGGCGUGCCUCGUGGUCUCCUACUGCGCCUUGUGGGCUCCUGCUGCGCCUCGUCUUAUGUAUGCCGCUGCGCCUCGUCCCCAGUGAGACUGACGACACGGCGAAACCGACAAGAAACGCCAUCAGACAACAACGAGAAGAGGACGGCCAACAACGUCCACAGCGAGAAGGGCGGACAAGAAUGGGAACGGCCGACACGCCCGGCGGCCGCUCCGCUGCCUGUAUUCUACAGAUCGGGAGGCCCCUUCUGUCUGUUCCUUUUGCCGUUCUCUUCCACCAGUGUGCUGCGCCACAGCUCCCUGUAGUGUCUGUUCCUUUUGCUCUCCUUUCUCUUGCACCACUUUGCUGCGCCCCCGCUUUGCCUGCAGUGGGUGGGGGCUUGCCUCCGUGGCCCAUAUAUGUUCCAGGGUGCGGGGCAGCGGCCUCCCCUAGCGAAGGGUGGGGGCGUGGAUCCCCGGACCCCUUUUGAAUUCGUCUGCCGGGUUUGAAAGGCUUCCAAAGGGGUCCAGGGGGCCUCCUCCGCUCCUUUCCAGCUGCUUGCGCGUACCCUACGGACUUUUUGCGUGUGUUUCGCUGCCGCAGCAGUGCGCUGGCUUGGAAGGCCUCCGAAGGCGGCAAAAAGUGCAAGGCUGGACCCCCUGAGCCGUGUGGCGUGGGCUGUACCCUCCGGGCCCUUGGUCAUCGACUUGCUUGCUGGCUCUUGAGACCGUGGCCGCCUUUGGCGGCCAUCUGCCCCGGCGACCUCGCUCCAGCUUGUGAGUGUCACCAGAGGCCAGGAGGUCGCUCAGGCCAGAGAGGCGCAGGGGGACGCCCGCGCCCAGUUUUGACACCUUCCACUUCGAGAAUCCGCGAAGAGCAGCGCAGGAAGUAGCGCGCAAGCGCCACCACAGGGCCAUCCACAGGGGGGGGGGGCCGUGUGUCCGUGUGUCAUAAACUAUAGAAUAGCUCUCCGCCUACUGCAAUAAACGAGAAGACGGCGGUAGCUUUUCGUCCUUGAGGACUUUUCUUCAGAAGAAAAGAUAGACUACUUGGACAAGAAAGGGCAAGAACGUUGACGUUCUGAAGGGGUGAGAAGGAUUUCUGCAGUUUCCUCUAAAAAAAGGCGCGAUGGACGAUGAGGAUAGCGAUGAAGAAGAACAGGACGCGGAAAUGGAAUACAGAUAUAUUAUCAGGAUGCGAGAAAUGUGCAACGAUGGGAAGAGGACUUUUGUUGUCAGUACUUCUUUCUAUCUUACGCGCACUCUCCUUCUUGUAGGAUAAUCAAAGAUAGUGCGAUACAACUUUGUAUACCUCUACGUCUAAUGGCGAUUGCCUUCUAGUUUUUUCUUUUUAGAUCUCGCUCCGAAAAUUGGGAGGUUUGCACCUGAGAAUAUCGACCUUACCAUGAAAAACAGAUUUUCAGCACCUGUACGCCAAGCCCGAGUGCGCAAACGUUGCCUGGUGGUUAUCGCAAUUCCCGUCUAGGAUUUUACCGGAGUUUGACGUAGCGGCAACCGAGAUGUGUAAGGACGUUUACGAGGCGUUUGCCCGUGACAAGGAGGAAGUGGUGCACGUAGCAAUCGAGGGAUUUCCAUGUUCAGACUCCAUCAGAAAACUCCGCAACGAACAUCUAAACCAAUUCACAACCUGUGAAGCUGUAGUUACCAGGAGAACGCAGGUGCUUAUCGUAGAAUUUGAAUGAAUGGCCUGAAGAUUCAUAGCAGAAAUACUCAUCUCUUUUACAUAGUAUUGACUACUUAACAUCUCUGCUUCUUGCUCUUUGACAUAGAUUGAUAGUACAUCAACUUCUACCCAUUAAGAUCAAGACCGCAUACUGUACGUAGUGCACCUUUUUUCAGAACAAGUAAUAAUUCUUUUUUUCAGGUCUUUAACCAGUUGAAGUUAAUCUGGCUCAUCUGCGACAAAUGUGGGGAGAGAAACGGUCCAUACAAUUUCCUAGGUGUGGACAAAAAUCCCUUCGACGGAAAAGUCUGUGCGAAUCCAGGCUGCCAGAGUAGGUAUAGCAGCAUAGGAUAGCAUGGGACUAAGAGUAGGGGCAAGUACUAACUUUGGAUAGGAGUUCUCUGUGAUCUAUCAUUCCUUACGCCUCUAUGUUAGUCUGUGUCUCAAAGCUCCUCGCACCUGUAGCAGAUUUAUUCUCUCAUUCUCUGAAAUAAACGUGAAUAUCAACAGAUUUGGAUUCGCAAUUUGUCCUGAGCAGACAACGUACCAGAAUUAUCAGCGCGUGACACUGCAGGAGCCACCAGGAAGCGUGCUCGCAGGUCGUAUGCCUCGUAGCAAAGAGGCUAUCUUAAGCGGAGAGAUGGUGGACUCGGUGAAACCAGGAGACUUAGUACAAGUAACGGGCAUUUACCGCGCGCAGUAUGACGUAGAGCUCAACGCGCAAGAGUCUUUUCCGGUAAUAAUGUUACUAAAUUGAGCAUGUUGGUGUUAGACUUCUUCUAUAUGAUGGUUUAUAUCCGCAAGCGAGGGUGGCGUGGAUAUUAUGUCGAUUCGAUGACCCAGACUGAUUAUUUUUAACAAUCAAGCAAAUUGAUAUUUCACUUUUUAAAGCGUAAGGCAAUAGAUACACAACUCGUCGUCUCUCAGGUUUUCAAUACCGAGAUAUCGGUAAACUACAUCGUCAACACGCAUGCCGAAAAGCAAACUUCCUUGACGCAAGAGGAAAUCACACAGCUAAAGAAGCUUUCCGAGGAGACAGAUAUUCGGGAACGCAUAAUACAGUCGCUCGCGCCUAGUAUUUUAUGACGCGGCCGUCAAGUUUUAGCUUAGAUAGUAGUCAAUUUGCUGACGUACAUAUCUUGCUUCUGUAAUUUUUUUCAAUAUUGAAUCUGAUUCAUCAAAGAUUCGCCAACUUCUUAGUUAGUAGUUCUAGUUCGUUGUACAACAAUGAUACUGAUAGGUACGACUAGUAUCAAUUAUAAUAAAUAUGAUCGUCAUCCCCGAAUCUCGUCCCAUCUUCAUUUCUACACGGAGACACGCAUAUCAAGACCGCGAUGGCCCUUGCAAUGUUUGGUGGGGUACCGAAGACCGCACCAGGAGGCCAUCGAAUUCGAGGCGACUUGAACGUGCUGAUUUUGGGUGAUCCAGGUAGACUAUGACUAUUUUCAGUGUUUGAAGAAGAGUCAUUUUAUUUGGUUUUUUCUUUCUGACAGUUUCUCGAAGAAGAUUUUUGGUUCUACUUUCUGACACACGCCUCAAGAGAACGACGCAGCAAAACACAUGUCCAUGUCGUAAUAUGCUAAAAGCGAUAUCAUGAGAUUAUCAACUAGCAGUAGCACCAGUCAGAGGACUCAUAUUUCGGAAACUCAAGUAAAUACACCUCCAGGUAUGGCGAAAAGUCAGUUUCUCAAGUACGUUGAGAAGACGAUGCCUCGAGCAGUGUAUACCACGGGUAAGGGAGCUAGUGGAGUGGGUCUGACAGCUGCGGUUGGGCGAGAUCCUGUUUCUGGUGAAUGGGUGCUGGAGGGCGGAGCUAUGGUACUAGGAAGAUUUUUAGUCUGUGGUAGAGGUGAGUAGAUUUAAGACAACAACAAGACCGGACAACUACUGUGUAGUUGUUCGCAAUCCUAGGCGUAGGUGAUCUUCAGCUUGUGGUUUUGUUUCUAUGUGAGUAAAUCCCCAUGAUUCAAUCUCCAUGUCGUAUUCGACGACUUUUUCCACCAGGUUCUCGCAGAUCAAGGUAUCUGCCUGAUUGACGAGUUCGAUAAGAUGAACGAUCAAGAUAGGACAAGUAUACACGAAGCUAUGGAACAACAAACGAUUUCGAUUGCCAAAGCUGGUAUCUGCGCAUCUCUCCAUUACGGUUGGUUCUUGUAGAGAAAUUUAGAUUUCUUGAGAUAGGUUGCGUUACUUCCCUUGUUUUACUUCCUUGUUCCAUUGUUCUCAAAGGAGAACGAGAAUGGAGGAGAAGCCGCGGCGUGAGGAAUACGAUCACAUCAAGUUUUUUGCUUUUCCCUUAGUACCAUAAUAUAAUCUCCAGGCAACAAGAUGUAACCACAACAAAGUAGAAGUGAGUCAUUUUGUGUCUAACUUACGGCACGUUGCAGUGUCAUCGCAGCAGCAAAUCCUAAGUACGGGAGGUACGACCCGAUGAUCAGCUUCCAGCAAAACGUGGACCUCACCGAUCCGAUUCUUUUAUGGCUCGAUGAAGGUGAUUGGUAUUGUGGAGGGUUUUUCUGUUUGCCUACUUUGUAGCCCAAUCGCAAUUGGCUAAUAGAGUGCUUUCAUCUACUGAUUGCAGAUUUUUUUAGGAAGGUGCAUGUUUCGUCGAUAAUCGACGAGAUUAAGGCAGGUCAACUACACUUUCUAACGAUUUCGCGAUUCGACGUUCUCUGCGUGUUGAAGGACACACCAGACUCCGGCAGGGAUACAGCGCUUGCAGAUUUCGUUGUUUGCUCGCACAUAAGAAGUCACCCGGGCGUUGACGAGCAGGUUCGUAAACAACAAGGCAGUGUAACUGGGUGGUAUCGUUAUGUCUAACGUCGUCACAUCAUCUCCUAUGAAAUUGUAGUAGUAACAAGGUUAGACCUUCAACAUCUUACCUGCACAAGACCAUGACAGAAACAGAUUGAUUAAGUUUGAAUCUCGCUUCGCUACAGGUAAAGAAAAACCUGAAGUCACGGGGCAGCGGAUUUCAAGCAACGAUAGAGGUUUUAGAUCAAGCGACGCUUAAAAACUACAUCCAAUAUGCGCGCCACCAUAUCCACCCAACCGUCUCCGAUAUGGAUAAAGACAAACUAGCACGAUUCUACCAAGAGAUUCGUCGAGAGGCACAAGGCAGCGGCGGCAAUGUCAUGACGGUAUAUCACUUUCUUGGAGAAUGAAGAAGUGCUGAAUGCACUAUGUACUAGUCUUUGCUGCACCAUUCUUCUUUCUCCCUUCUUACUGACUGAACGUCAUUCACAUUCUCAAAAGCAAAACUCCUUCUUGUGUACAUCGACUACUCUACUGUACCACUACGCCCAAAUAACGGGCCGUCAAGCAGCACCCCACCUCUUCAAGGUUCGUCACGUGGAGAGCAUGGUGCGAAUGGCUGAAGCUAGCGCGAAGAUGGAGUUAAGGACUGUCGUGACUCGCCGCGACGUUGAUCACGCGAUAUCCGUGAUGCUGACAAGUUUCUGUCAGACGCAGAAGCACGUGUACGCGCAAGAACUUCUGAAAAAGUUCGCGCAUUACAUCGUUUCUGUCCAAGACCACUUCUCGCAUUUGAACGGUAUGCUCUCGCGGCAGUUGACGCGCGCAGAACUGCUUGAGCGCGAGGACGUCUCGAAAGCAGUUCGGGUUACUAUUACAGUUAAGGCCUGACAUGCCAGCAAUACAGAUGAAAUGUAUCCUAUAUCAGUAUCUAAGUAGUUUUAAGUACAACGUCGUCCUCAACAAAAUGAUUGGCACUCCUGAUGAUUGCAGUUCAGCGUGUGUUUGGUUUUCUUUAGGAAAGGCAGCGAGGGAGGUCGUCAGCUUGUAAAUAUUCAAGGACAAUAGAUAACACGAAAAUUAUGUAGGGACAUAUCUUUCCCCCGCGCUAAAAAAGAUUUGCAACGCGAAGCAAAGCAGUAUAUGUUGCAGGACAGUGUGUCUGGUUAUUUGCAGAGCGAUUUGUUCCGGGACAAUUUCGUUCUCGAGGAGAACGACACGUGGAUACGCCGCAUCACAGAAGAAGAGGUUGCGAACGAAUUCAGUCUAACACUGGUCACUCCACGAAGAUAG